AUGGAAGACCGCGUGGAUAUGGAUUUUGUGAAUAUUACGGUAGGUGGACAUUCAGAUCUAAUAAGUAACUCCUUUUCAAAAAAAGAUUUCCGACUAAUUCAACGUCAACAUCAUAAAAAUGAAAAAGACCCAGAGACAGCAGAAAGUGCAGUAAGAAAUUUAAACAACGUUGAAAUUGGAGGGCGUCAACUGAAAGUCGAUUAUGCUGAUAAUGAUCUGCCAACUACAUCCUCCAAUUCAGCAAACAAUUCCUCACGUCAAAAUGAUAGUCUUGAAAGCAUUUCACUAGCAAUAAAACAUUCAAUGAAUAAAGCUCAACUCCUCGAGAUAUUAUCUACCAUGAAGUUGUAUAUACAAACUGAUGCAAAUCAAGCUCGUUCAUUAUUGUCACAAAAUCCUCAACUUUGCUAUGCAUUAUUUUUGAUAAUGUUAGAUCAGAAUAUUGUCGAUCAAAAUAUAUUGGCAAGUAUAAUACAUCAAAGCGCUUCACAAGGUCAACCUAUGCCUCAAUCAGUCCUAUCCAAUUAUGGUCCUCAGUCUAUUCCCAAGAUUCCAUCACCAUCAAUUCCUCAUCAACAUCAAUCGAUCUCGUUCGCCCCAAUUCCUCAACAAUCACAUAUGCAACAGCCUUCAUCUAUUCGGCAAUCUUCGCCUAUUCAACAACCACGAAUGCAUCUGCCCCCAAUGCAACAAGCUAUCAGUAUGCCGGCAAUAAAUGCUGGAAUGGUUAAUCAUUCACAGGCUGUUGCUAAUUUAACAGCAGGAAAUAUGAAUCAUUUGCAAAUGCAGGAAGCUCAAAAAUCUGUUAGUAUAAAAUAUAAACCAUUAUUAUUACAAGUCCUAAAUCUACCUCAAGCACAAAUUGAUAUGUUACCACCAGACCAACGUAAUCAUCUAUUGGCUUUGAAACAACAACCUUUAAUCCAGACUAGACCAACUAAAAACGAAGUUCCUGAAAUUAAAUACAAUGAUAUAGAAAGUGUAAAAGAUCAAGAAAUCGCUCAUGAUUUUGAAUCGUUGGACAUUUCUGAGCCAACAAAAAAAGCAAUUCAAGAAAUGGGUUUUACAAAAAUGACAGAAGUACAAGCUAGAACUAUACCACCGUUAAUGGCAGGUCAAGAUGUAUUAGGUGCAGCAAAAACUGGAUCGGGAAAGACAUUGGCCUUCUUAAUACCAGCUGUUGAAUUAUUGCAUAAAUUAAAAUUCAAAUCAAGAAAUGGAACUGGUGUGAUUAUUAUUUCACCGACAAGAGAAUUAGCACUUCAAAUUCUUGGUGUAGCAAAAGAGUUAACCAAACAUCAUAGUCAAACUUAUGGAAUUGUUAUGGGUGGAGCAAAUAGACAAGCUGAAGCUCAAAAAUUGGCUAAAGGCGUAAAUUUAUUAAUUUCAACACCGGGAAGAUUACUAGAUCAUCUUCAGAAUACCAAGGGGUUUUUAUACAAGAAUCUUAAAGCUCUGAUUAUUGAUGAAGCUGAUCGUAUUCUAGAAGUUGGUUUUGAAGAUGAAAUGAAACAAAUAAUUAAAAUUCUUCCCAGAGAAAACCGACAAUCCAUGUUAUUUUCAGCUACACAAACAACAAAAGUAGAAGAUCUUGCAAGGAUAUCAUUAAGAGAUGGGCCAAUAUAUAUAAAUGUAGAUGGAAAAAAAGAAACUUCUACAGUGGACGGACUUGUCCAAGGCUAUGUUGUUUGUGAUAUAAAGUAUCAUGCUGAAUUGUUAAAUUAUAUUGAUGUACCAGUUUUAGAUUUACAUGUAAGGCAAGGUGUUCUUCUUUGCACAGAUGUUGCUGCUCGUGGACUAGACAUUCCAGCUGUAGACUGGAUUAUUCAAUAUGAUCCACCAGAUGAUCCACGUGAUUAUAUUCAUCGUGUGGGAAGAACAGCUCGUGCUGGUGGUGAAGGAAAAAGCUUGUUAUUUUUAUUACCAAGUGAACUUGGAUUUUUACGUUAUCUUAAGCAAGCAAAAGUUCCAUUAAAUGAAUACCAAUUUCCUGUCAAUAAAAUUGCCAAUGUUCAAUCACAGUCUAUUUUCAAUCUGAAUAAUUUGGAUCUUCAAAAAGUUGGCAAAUCAUUUGGUUUUCAGGUACCACCUAAAGUAAAUAUUAACAUUGGGUCUAGUGGAAGAGAAUCUAAAAUUAGCCAUAAUAAUUAUAGUCGUAGUAGUAGCAUUAAUAGAAAUAGAAAAUUCAACAAUGAUGAUGAUAAUUUUGAUAAAAAAGCUCACUUUGUAAAACAAAGAAAUAUACCAUUAACAUGGCUACUAACAACACCCAACACCGCCACUUCAUUACUGUCAAAAUUAUAUUCAAUUAAACUAUUUGGUUGA